AUGGCAGCAGACGCAGGGCAAGCGGCCGAGUUUACUGCAUACGACAUGGUCGAGACAGAGCGGCACGUCCUCGUCUACGUCGACGUGCCUGGCAUGUCGGACGACGCGUUCUCGCUCGAGUACGACGGAGGCGCCCUGGUGGUCGACGGGCAACGCUCUGCAUUUGCCACUGCCGAGCGGCACCGAUUCGUGGCCCAAGCGCGCCACGCCGGGCCCUUCCAUGCCGUCAUUCCGCUCCCGGAUGAGCUGCAUCUUGAUCCGGCCUCGCUCGAGGCCGAGUAUGCCGCCGGUGUCCUCGAAGUCACUCUGCGCAAGGUCGCUGCCGAGCCCCGGGUCAUGGUCAUUCAGUUUGGCUCGUCAUCGACGGCUGCCGCACCUGCUGCGGCUGGGCCCACACCGGCAACACCGGGCACGCCUGCCCCGGCUGGAUACAACUCGCCGUAUGUUCAGCCUGUGGCUGACAAGCAAACGGAUCGCAUCGCGGUUGAAGAGGAUGACUACGACGAUGUCUACUAA